CUAUAAUUACUAAUUUCUAUCAAUAUUCCUUCUAGAACCAUCGACCGAAUUCAGUUGGAAAUUCGACAACCCAAACCCAGAUAGAAACCGAUUGAGUUGGACGCAAACUGAAAAAAAUGGUGAACUACUUGCUGAUGAUCAGUGCCGAACUUGAAAACUUGACCAAUCUUGAACCUCAAGGUGGCUGCGAUGAUCCCAAUUUCUCCUAUUUCUUCAAGUUGAAAUGUGGAAGAUGUGGAGAAUUGAGCCAAAAGGAAACCUGCGUGUCUCUGAACGACACCGUUCCUCUUCCAGCUGGUAGGGGCACUACUCAUCUUGUUCAAAAGUGCAAGUUUUGUGGCAGGGAGAGCACAGUAACUAUGAUCCCAGGCAGAGGAAAACCACUCACCCAGGAAACAAGUGAAUCUGGGAAGUUUUCCCCACUGAUGUUAUUUGACUGCAGAGGCUAUGAGCCGAUAGAAUUUGUAUUCGGCACUGGAUGGAAAGUUGAGUCGCUGGAGGGAACAAAGUUUGAGAAUGUUGACUUGUCAAGUGGAGAUUAUGCUGAAUAUGAUGAAAAGGGUGAGUGUCCAGUCAUGAUAUCCAAUCUUAAAGCUACGUUUGAUGUGGUGAAGUAAAGAGAACUAGUUUGAUGUUUGAAUAAUUCCUUGGUGUAUAAAUGUUGGUAAUCUUGAGGUACAUCAUAACCGGACUGUAAACUUCCUCUUAAUAUUACACAAAAUAUCCUGGGAUAUUUCUUGGAGGGAAUUAACAACUUCCAAGGGAUUUGAUCAAGUUUACUUUGCAUUUCA